GGGCCAUGGACGCAGCGGCGACGGUGGCGGCGGCGGGGGCGAGCCGGGGCGGCGGCGCGGCGCAGAGUCCGCCCGCGGCCAGGUGAGGCUGGGCUGAGCGGGCUCGGGCGCCGCCGCCACUGCUGCUGCUGCUGCCGGGCCGCGGAGCGAGGAGGCGGCGGCGGCGGCUGAAGCGGCGCCACAGCAGCCGCGCCAAGCAGCGGCGGCCUCGGAGGAAGAGGGGUCGCCGCCCAGGUUUCUUGCGGCCGCCGCUCUGGUCGUCGCAGUAUUUCCUGUUCGGAUUAUCUUUUGCUUCCCCCCGGCUGCCUCCUUGCCCUCACACUCCCACUCCUCCGUUUCCGCGGUCGAAGCUGCCCUCGGCCCCGGGUGGUCUCCCCCGCCCGGGGACCCCCUGUGCCUCCCCUCCCGGGCUGCGGAGGAGCCCCUCCGAGACCAUGAGGAAAUUCAACAUCAGAAAGGUGCUGGACGGCCUGACCGCCGGUUCGUCCUCGGCGUCGCAGCAGCAGCAGCAGCAGCAUCCGCCUGGGAACCGGGAGCCGGAGAUCCAGGAAACGCUCCAGUCCGAGCACUUUCAGCUCUGCAAGACUGUUCGCCAUGGAUUUCCCUAUCAACCCUCAGCCCUGGCCUUUGAUCCUGUGCAGAAGAUCCUGGCAGUGGGAACUCAGACUGGUGCUUUAAGGCUCUUUGGUCGUCCAGGAGUAGAAUGUUAUUGCCAGCAUGACAGUGGAGCUGCAGUAAUCCAGCUUCAGUUCUUGAUUAAUGAGGGAGCUCUUGUGAGUGCCUUGGCUGAUGACACCUUACACUUAUGGAAUUUACGUCAGAAGAGGCCUGCCAUACUACAUUCACUUAAAUUUUGCAGAGAAAGGGUUACAUUUUGCCAUCUGCCUUUCCAGAGUAAGUGGCUCUAUGUGGGCACUGAACGAGGUAAUAUACAUAUUGUCAAUGUGGAGUCCUUCACACUCUCAGGCUACGUCAUUAUGUGGAAUAAAGCCAUUGAACUGUCAUCUAAAUCUCACCCAGGACCUGUGGUCCAUAUAAGUGAUAAUCCAAUGGACGAGGGAAAGCUUUUGAUUGGCUUUGAAUCUGGAACAGUAGUUUUAUGGGACCUCAAAUCAAAGAAAGCCGACUACAGAUACACAUAUGAUGAGGCUAUCCACUCUGUUGCUUGGCAUCAUGAAGGAAAACAAUUUAUUUGCAGUCAUUCAGAUGGCACCUUGACUAUAUGGAAUGUAAGGUCCCCUGCUAAACCAGUACAGACAAUCACUCCACAUGGAAAACAGUUAAAGGAUGGGAAGAAGCCAGAACCAUGCAAACCUAUCCUCAAGGUGGAAUUCAAAACGACUAGAUCUGGGGAGCCUUUUAUUAUUUUAUCAGGCGGUUUGUCAUAUGAUACUGUAGGAAGAAGACCUUGCUUAACAGUGAUGCAUGGGAAAAGCACUGCUGUGCUAGAAAUGGACUAUUCAAUUGUUGAUUUUCUAACGCUAUGUGAAACACCAUACCCAAAUGAUUUUCAAGAACCAUAUGCUGUGGUUGUUCUUCUAGAAAAGGAUUUAGUACUUAUAGACCUUGCACAAAAUGGAUAUCCUAUAUUUGAAAAUCCCUACCCCUUGAGUAUACAUGAGUCCCCUGUUACAUGUUGCGAAUAUUUUGCUGAUUGUCCUGUGGACCUUAUUCCUGCACUUUAUUCUGUUGGAGCUAGACAGAAACGUCAAGGUUACAGCAAAAAGGAAUGGCCCAUCAACGGAGGUAAUUGGGGCUUGGGUGCUCAAAGUUACCCAGAAAUAAUUAUUACAGGGCAUGCUGAUGGGUCAGUUAAGUUCUGGGAUGCUUCUGCAAUAACUCUACAAGUAUUAUAUAAGCUAAAGACAUCCAAAGUAUUUGAAAAGUCAAGAAAUAAAGAUGACAGGCCAAACACAGACAUUGUAGAUGAAGAUCCCUAUGCCAUUCAGAUCAUCUCCUGGUGUCCAGAAAGUAGAAUGCUGUGCAUAGCUGGAGUUUCAGCUCAUGUCAUUAUUUAUAGAUUCAGCAAGCAGGAAGUAAUCACAGAAGUCAUUCCGAUGCUUGAAGUUCGAUUAUUAUAUGAGAUAAAUGAUGUGGAAACUCCGGAGGGUGAGCAGCCACCACCUUUGCCAACACCCGUGGGAGGGUCCAACCCUCAGCCCAUCCCUCCUCAGUCUCAUCCAUCUACCAGUAGCAGUUCAUCUGAUGGACUUCGUGAUAAUGUACCUUGUUUAAAAGUUAAAAACUCACCACUUAAACAGUCUCCAGGUUAUCAGACAGAACUAGUUAUUCAGUUGGUUUGGGUGGGUGGAGAACCACCACAACAAAUAACCAGCCUGGCAGUCAAUUCUUCCUAUGGACUGGUGGUUUUUGGCAAUUGCAAUGGCAUUGCUAUGGUUGACUACCUCCAGAAAGCAGUGCUGCUCAACCUGAGCACUAUUGAAUUAUAUGGCUCUAAUGAUCCUUAUCGGAGAGAACCCCGAUCUCCUCGUAAAUCUCGACAGCCUUCAGGAGCCGGUCUGUGUGAUAUUAGUGAAGGGACUGUUGUUCCAGAGGAUCGCUGCAAAUCUCCAACCUCUGGUUCUUCAUCACCACACAAUUCAGAUGAUGAACAAAAAAUGAAUAAUUUUAUAGAAAAGGUGAAGACCAAAAGCAGAAAAUUUUCCAAGAUGGUAGCCAAUGAUAUAGCAAAGAUGUCAAGGAAGUUAAGCUUACCUACUGACCUAAAGCCUGAUUUAGAUGUAAAGGAUAACUCCUUUAGCCGAUCACGGAGUUCAAGUGUAACAAGCAUUGACAAAGAAUCCCGAGAAGCGAUCUCCGCUCUUCAUUUCUGUGAAACAUUUACUCGAAAGACGGACUCGUCCCCUUCCCCUUGUCUAUGGGUUGGAACAACGCUAGGAACAGUGCUUGUCAUUGCACUGAACCUUCCCCCAGGGGGAGAACAAAGACUUCUUCAGCCAGUAAUUGUGUCUCCAAGUGGUACUAUAUUGAGGUUAAAAGGUGCAAUCUUGAGAAUGGCAUUUCUGGAUACCACAGGCUGCUUAAUACCACCUGCGUAUGAACCCUGGAGAGAGCACAAUGUUCCUGAAGAAAAAGAUGAAAAGGAGAAAUUGAAAAAACGGCGGCCUGUCUCAGUAUCCCCCUCCUCUUCUCAGGAAAUUAGUGAAAACCAGUAUGCAGUGAUAUGUUCUGAAAAGCAAGCAAAAGUAAUCUCACUGCCAACCCAGAACUGUGCUUAUAAGCAAAAUAUUACAGAGACCUCGUUUGUGCUUCGUGGAGAUAUUGUAGCAUUGAGUAACAGUAUCUGCCUUGCUUGUUUCUGUGCCAAUGGACAUAUAAUGACUUUUAGUUUGCCAAGUUUAAGACCUCUGUUGGAUGUGUAUUACUUGCCCCUUACCAAUAUGCGGAUAGCCAGAACGUUCUGCUUUACCAACAAUGGACAAGCAUUAUACCUUGUUUCACCUACAGAAAUCCAGAGACUUACUUAUAGUCAAGAGACCUGUGAAAAUCUUCAGGAAAUGUUGGGUGAACUCUUCACUCCUGUAGAAACACCUGAAGCACCAAACAGGGGAUUCUUUAAAGGCUUAUUUGGAGGUGGUGCACAGUCUCUUGACAGAGAAGAACUAUUUGGAGAAUCGUCCUCGGGAAAGGCUUCAAGGAGCCUUGCACAGCAUAUUCCUGGCCCUGGUGGCAUUGAAGGUGUGAAAGGGGCAGCAUCUGGAGUUGUUGGUGAAUUAGCACGAGCCAGGCUGGCACUAGAUGAAAGAGGACAGAAACUUGGCGAUCUGGAAGAAAGAACUGCAGCCAUGUUAUCAAGUGCAGAGUCAUUUUCUAAACAUGCUCAUGAGAUUAUGUUGAAAUACAAAGAUAAGAAGUGGUACCAGUUCUGACAACCAGAAUCCAAUAAGUCCAACUUCAGCCAGAAGGAAAAAAGUUUUCCAUUUUUAUUACAUUCUUUAGAAAAGUUAACGUUAAAGGGAUGUUCGUCACUGAAUACUGUUCUUUCCUAGCACAAUCAUGCACUGUUUUACCUCAGUCAUGUGGCUUUAACUGAGGAGUGUUCACACGCACUCGAAAUGGAGUAUAUGGUGUGUGCCAGUUAUGAGUUGACGAUUUGGGAAUUAAACAGGUCACACGUGACAGAUGAAGAAACCAAGGGGGCUGCUGAGGAGACCUGGUGCAGGGACUAAUCCUGGAUCAUUCCUGUAUUAAACUUUCAUAUGCCAAAAGGGCUUGUGCCAUUUUAUCUGCCAUCAGUGUUUGACCUGUUUGGGGCAGAGGCAAUAAGUCAGAAGUCUUGAAGCUGAAAUAGUUAUACAUGUGUCAUUGGACUGGAUUAUAAACAGCUGUCUUGGACUUUCCCUCUCUUAACACUGACUGGUCAUCAGUAUCAUUAGUGAAAAAGAAACAAACUGUUUGUUAUCAUCUCUUUAGACAGAUAAGCUGAAUGGUGGGCUUUAAAUAAUAAAAACAUACACAUAGUUGACUUGUGUAUGAGCUACUCUUGGAUUCUUGUUAUUACAGACUUGUAUUUAGUUCAUAUUUUGUCAAAAGCAAAACAAGAAGAUACAUCACUUUUCAUUGAAAAGAAAAGUGUAGAGCAUGACUGAAUUGCUCAUCAUUCUGGGAGUUUCCAUGUAGUGGCUAUGCAGUGUGGAAAGUGAGAAAAACCUCCAUUGUGGUGAGGAGAAUACUUCAAUGUCCCUUGUCCUUGUUCUCAUUAAGUCAGCUAAAGGUGGAUUUGACCAAAAUAAUACUGGUUAAAUUUGUAGAAAUGUUGAAAUUGGCUAUGUUUUUAAUUUUGCUUGAAUUUUUAUAAAAUGUUUAACCAAAUGUACCUUUGCAUUCUUUAAUUAAAAUUGCUUAAAAAAAACUUUCAUUAUUUCAGUAAAAUGCUCAGCUCCCUUUUUAAAAUGCCCUUUAUUUGCUAACUGUUCCAAUACACUCAGGUGAUGAGCCAAUUAAAUCUUAGUGCACAUGCUAUCGCAUGGAAAAUUACAAGCAUCUGUUGUCAAUAAUUAUCUAUAUAAGAAUUUAGUCUGAUGACCUACAAAAUGUUUUCUGUAGAAAUAUACUAUAAAUCUGUACAUAUCCUUUCAAGGUUUUAAAAAGCCAAAAAGAAAGGAAAAUAUGUACACUGUGAUAACUAAAUUAUUUCUGUAUUGGAAUAUAAUACAAUUCGAGACCAGCAAUGGACAAUGAAUGAUUGUUUCAUAGAAUAGCAUUACGGGCAGGAAAGAAACCACCUAGUAGAUCUAGAAGUAAGCAGUCUCAGAAUACAGACUAAUCUGAGAUUAUUAUUGAUUGUUGUUAAAGCAACCCAGCAGAAGCAAAAUGGAAGCAUUAAAGUUAAUGUUAAUGAAAUUUAAAUAUUGUCUUCUAUAAAAAAUUCCUUUAAAUUAUUUUGUUUUUUCAUUAAGAGAUAAUCAGAACACAAAUUGAUAGUAAACAGGAUGGUUGUUUUUCUAUUCCAUAUGAUCAUUAAAGGAAUACGUAGGACAUCUUAACUUUUUCGUACAGUCUGUUAUGCAUAUUUUCCUCCACUCUUCAUUAAUAAAGCUUUUAUGUUUACAUUUUAUAACAUGCACUACUAGAUACAAAAGUUUACAUCAAAGUUUAGUUUAAAUAUCAUUUGGUAGGGACUAAAGGUGUGUGAUAGAGAUAAUUGAUCAAGCCAAAAGAAAUAUUUUUUAAAUAAGCCCUUUUCAAAAGUUUUUGAAUUUAUAGAAAGCAUCAAUGAAUAAUGUAUUUCUGUUUAGUUAAUGUCAGCUGCCUGAACAUUCAGCAGUUUAUAAAUUGCUUAAUUUGUGUUAUCUAUUAUCCAAUAAACCCAUAGUUCCAUGAUAUGUCACAGGAAGUGUUAGGUCCUAUUUUAAAGGUACAGUUUUGUGAAUGUCAUCAAUAAAAUCAACAGUUAUGGAUUUGAAGAAGUUGAGAAAGCAUUAUGUAGAUUAAUAUACUGGUUCCCUAUCUAUGUGGAAGGUCAUAUUAGCUGCAAUUAUUUAAUUUGCUGUGUUAUUUUGUGUUAUAUAACACAAAUAUAUUUGUAUAUUAACUUCAUUUUUACUGUCAUUUUUCCUGUUGUAUACAAAAUGAACUAAUCUUGUAAUUAUUUUCAAAUAUAGAAGUAUAUACAUUUACCUUAGAUGGAUUUCCAAGAUUUUGUAAGAAAAUCUUAAAUCAGUGUUUUGAGUUAUUUAAUUUUUAAAUUAAUCUACAAAUUAUGCACAACAAACUAGAGACUCAGUUAGGAUUAGAAAGCUUAAAGUAUGUUUGAGUGUAGGAAAUAAGCUUCUCAGAGUUAUACUUGAUUCUGUCUGUAGAUAAGAGACAGUCUACAGUAAUAACUAACCCAGGGAAUUUACUGUAAUUUGAGAGGUAACAUGUUUAUUUUUUUUCUUUUUAAAUACAGAAAGUAAUAGUCACCAGCAAGCCACGAUUUCAGGAAAACUGACCAAAAAAAAAAGUCAAAAUAGAAAAUAUCAGAAAAAUGAAAGAUUUUUGUGUGCCCUCUCCAUAUCCUCAUUGUUUUGUUGCAUUUGUCCUUGACUCUAAAAUCAUUGAAGUAUUCAUGAUUAGUAGUUUGUAAGUAGGAAGUGGUUUUUCUGUAUGUACCAUAUAUCCAGUUCAUUUCAGUUUUGAAACUAAAAUCCAUAUGUAUUUGCUGAGAAAGUUAUUUGAAAUCUUAUAGUCUGACCAAUUCUGUACAUUACAUCCAUUUGAAGUUUUGCAUCAUCUUAACACUUUUGCUUUGCAUUUCAAUUGUACAAAGUGUUUCCAAAAAAAUGGUUAUAGAUUCGACUGAGCUAUUACUAACUUCUCCAUUUGAUUUUUUAUGGAUGUGAAAAAUGCUGCUACUUGUCUAUGUUAUUAUGUGUAAGUAUAUUACAAUUUAAUUAAGUACAGUAGUUUAAAGAACGAAGCAAUUUUUUUUUUUUUUUGGCUUAGGACUUCUUAAUUGUAGGUUCCUCUGAAGCUAUUUCAUGUAGAUAUGUGAGUGUUUUAAACAAGUCUGAAAGUGUUACAUACUUUUAGGUUACAGGGGUGCUGGGGAGACAGCUGAGGAGAGGAAGAAUAUGUGGAAGACACCAUGGAGUUCAAAGUUUUACCCUGAGUUCUAUCUUCCAUAUAUGUUUUGCUUAAGGCAUUUCUCAUGUGAUAUUAGAAAAGCUAUAUCCAAAGGUAAAUUUUUUGUGGCAAAGAUUUAUUUUACACUUUAACUUUUGGGAUUUUAUUUGUUUCAGCAAAAUAAAGAGCACUGGACUUUAAA